GCGUCUCUUUCUCGCACUCUCUUCACCUAUUCGCGCAACUCUCUGGUUUCUUGAUCUUUUUGCGCAUAAUGUCCGACAUUGAGGAAGACCCAGUCUUGAACAGCAGAGCUCCUGACGAGAACGAGGAAGUUGUAGGCGAAGAGGAGCAAGAAGAGAGCCCGCGCAAGACCUCUCGGCAUGAGUAUGAGGAGGAAGAAGAAGAAGAGGAAGAGGAGGAAGAGAGAGAUGAAGAGGAGGAAGACGAAGAGGAGGAGGAAGAUGAGGAGGAAGAUUUAGGUGCUGAGAGAGGGAAGAAGAGGCAAAAGCGGACGAAACGUCCUGCGGUCAAUCGCUUCCUUGAUGUCGAGGCCGAGGUGGACGAAGAUGAGGAUGAGGAAGAAGAAGAGGAUGAGUAUGCUCGAGACGAGUUCGUCGUUGGUGGCGAGGGCGAGGAAGUUGAUCUUGCCCGAAGAGCGGCAGAUCACGCACGAUUCGACCGAAGGGAGCGAGAACUUAACGAUCAGGACCUCGCUAAGAUUGCAGAGGACGUGAGCCAACGGUACAGACGGACAGCAGUGCGCUAUUCGGGCGACAUGAGCGAGAUCCCCCAGCGACUGCUUAUGCCAUCUGUUCACGAUGCCAACCUGUGGCAAGUCCGUGUGAAGCCCGGAAAGGAGAGAGAUCUGGUGUUCAGUCUCAUGCGCAAGGCGAUCGAUAUGGAGUACUCUGCUCGUCCACUGCAGAUCCUCUCCGCAUUCCAACGCGACUCCCUACCUGGCAUGAUCUAUGUCGAGGCACGUAGCGCGAAGCAGGUCAGCGAGGCGUGCAACGGUCUCGUUGGUAUUUAUCCCAGUCGUGGUAUCGUGCUCGUACCAAUCGAGGAGAUGGCCAGCCUGUUGCAAAUAAAGAAGCAAGACCUGACGGUGACGCCUGGAAGCUGGGUGAGGAUUCGACGAGGGAAGUACCAGGGUGACCUCGCACAGGUGAUGGACAUCACCGAGAAUGGAGAGGAAGUGGGCCUCAAGUUCAUCCCCAGGAUAGACCUGAACCCGCGAGAUGACGGUGCUAUCGAUGCGCUAGGUAGGAAGCGGAAGAAGGGCACUCUUGGGCUGUCGUCGUUCAGCAUGCGCCCGCCACAGCGCUUCUUCAACUACGAAGAGGUCGUAAAAGUGUACGGGCGUAAGGCCGUUUCGAAGCGGAAUCAGGUCUACGUCUUCCAGAACGACACAUACAAAGAUGGGUUCAUCGAGAAGGACUUCCGAUUGUCUGCUCUCCAGCUGGACACCGUGAACCCUACUCUCGACGAGAUUACCAGGUUUACUCGCGGUCAAGACGGCAAUGAGAACGAGUCGAACGUCGAUCUGUCUAUCAUCGCGGAGGCGUCACGGAAGGCUGCUAUCUCGGUGCUGCAGCCAGGUGACCAUGUCGAGGUGUUCGAGGGCGAGCAGACAGGUGUGCAUGGAACGGUCCACUCCAUUGAGCAGGACAUCGUGUCCAUCCAGCCUGUCGGUGUGGACUUCGAUGGGCAGCGUAUACAAAUCCCUGCAAGGAGUGUUCAGAAGCGGUUCAAGCCUGGAGACCACGUCAAGGUCAUGACAGGGCAGAACGCGGACGAAACGGGUCUGGUGGUCUCAGUCGUGGAUAACAUCGUCACUUUCCUAUCGGACAUGUCCAUGCAGGAGGUGUCGGUGUUCUCCAAGGAUCUGCGAGAAGCUGCGGAAGUGGGUACCGGGACGAACGUCGUUGGGAACUACGAGCUGCAUGACCUGGUACAAUUGGAUCUGCAAACUGUUGGUGUCAUAUUCAAGACGGAACGUGAUUCCUUCCGCGUUCUUGACCAGAACGGCCAGGUACGGCUCGUCCAGCCACAUCAGAUCUCGAUGCGGAGGGAUUCAAACCGGGCGAUCGCAACUGAUUCUGAGGGGCAUGAGUUGCGUGUCAACGACAACGUGAAGGAGAUCGAUGGCGAGGGUCGGAAAGGUCGUGUGCUACAUACUCACCAGUCAUUCUUUGCCUUCCUGCACAAUCGGGACUAUGCAGAGAACGGAGGUGUCUUCGUCACUCGUGCUCGCUCCUUGGUAUCACUCGCGCCGAAGGGCAACGUCAUGAAGCUUGGCUCGGCAGACCUGUCCAAGAUGAAUCCUGCCCUCAGUGGCGGAGCGAUGGGUGGCAUGGUCGGCUCCGGUAACAUCGGUCGCGGUCCGAGGGACAGGCUAAUAGGUGUCACGGUGACCGUCGUGAAGGGUCCCCAUAAAGGCUACGUCGGCACCAUCAAGGACACCAAUGGCCCUAUCGCUCGAGUUGAACUCGUCACUGGCAAUAAAGUGAUCACUAUCGACAAGUCUAAGCUAUAUAGGAGAUAUCCGAAUGGCACGAUAGAACCUCUAGAAAGUAGCAUGGGGCCACCGCGCGGCUUCGGCACUGGCCGCACUCACAACCCUUACGUUACAGGAGGAAAUCGCACGCCAGGCUGGUCGAACCAGGUUGGCCGCACGCCAAACCCAUACAACGAUAUCGGCAAAACGCCUGCAUGGAAUCAGUCUGGGCGUACACCAAACCCAUAUGGCGACGGCGGCAAGACCCCUGCUUGGAACGCUGCAGCGCGUACGCCCAAUCCGUAUGCAGCGGACGGGGGACGGACACCAGCGUGGAACGUAUCUGCCCGCACUCCAAAUCCGUACAAUAGUGCAACUCCUGCUAGGGCUGGCUGGGGCGGUACUACACCGGCCUGGGGCGGAACGUCUCCUAAGGUAAGUGGGAGUGGUGCGGGUUGGAGCACACCAGCUCGGAAUGACUGGAGCACUUGGGGUGACGCUUCAGCUAACGCGCAGACCCCGGCGUUCACGCCGCCAGCUCCGACUCCCGCCCCCAUGGAUGCGUAUGCCGAUAUGAGAACGCCAGGUGCCACCGAUCCACGUGGUUCGUUCUCGAGUGCAUUGACAAACAAUGGGGAGGAUGAUGAUGAUGGUCGUUGGUUGACGCAACCCAAGAUCGUCAACAAGAAAGGAAUGAUGGUCCAGGUUGAAAAGUCUACCGACAACGGAUGGUACAAUGGCGACUACGAGGGCAAGCAAGGCGUCGUGCUCUCGGUGCUCGACCCACAGAACAACAGCUUUGCUGCAACAGCGCGUGUACGCUUCGACAAUCCGAUCGAUCCAAGUCAACCAGUUCUGCAGGUACCUGUCCAGUACCUCAAGGCUGUGCGGCCGGACGACGUGCAGCAAUACGUACUCAUACUGGGUGGUGACCACAAAGGCGAUCUUGCGAAGGUCAUGGCGCUGGAGGCGACCGGGAUGGUGCUUGUGAGGACUGACGACCAUUUCUUGGUGGAGGAGCUCAGGUCAGAGCAAUUAGUUCGUGCGGAUGCGGCAGUUUUCCAAGAAUCAUGAUAGUGUUGUAUGUGUCAAUAUCACGCUGUACAUCUCACUGCUUUCUGUUUUCUAUCCAAUUUAUCAAGGUUGGACGCUUUAUCAUGUCGACGGCAUUGGUACGUACGUCAUCCUGUUCGACAGGUUGGUCAGGCCAGGGAUGGUCAACAUAUCUUUCACACCCUCUAGUUCUGACGUGGUCACUUGUCCGAUCAUACAAUAUGGUG